AUGAGGAACUUAUUAUUGCCGGUUGGCGUGAGUUCGACGAGGCAAAGGGCGAGGUUCAUCGUGCGAAUCUACCGAGCCGACGGACUUUUGCGCGCAAAUCCUUCGUUGCUCAAUAGCAUGAAACGGGCCUUCGGCACUUCCUCGUCCCCUCUCAUCAAUCCCUACGUCGAGGUCUCCUUCGCUGGCCACAAGGGCCAAACCUCGGUGCGGAAGAACAGCACGGACCCGACCUGGAACGAGGCCAUCAUCGUCACCGAGCUCUUCCCCCCGCUCUGCCAGCGGAUGAAGAUCAUCGUGAAGGACAGCCAGCCGGUCUCGGACUCGGUGAUCGCGACCCACUUCGUCGACCUCGCGCAGAUCUCCAACGAGGGCGAGCGAGGCUUCCUGCCGAGUUUGGGCCCCUGUCACCUGUACCUGUACGGCUCCCUGCGGGACGGGAGCCUGUUGGAGGACCAGAGCCACCUGAACCGGGGGACCGGGGAGGGGAUCGCGUACAGGGGGAGGCUCCUGCUGUCUCUACGGACGGAGUUGGUUGAGGAGGCCGAGCCGCUCAGGGUGGAGGUAGAACCGGUGCAUCCGCUCAAUGAGGUGGGUGGAGGAAUGGGGAAGAGUUCGGACGGGUUGUCAUUCUGCGUCCCGCCGGUCAGCGAUCCAAGAGCGACAGGAUCACCUCGUCAGAAUGGCUCGCUGGGCGGGCAGGAGGAGUUCUUCCUGCUGGUGUGCAUCCUCGAGGCGACGAUGCUGGACCCGAGGGUGGCCGAGAAGCCGGUGUUCCUCGAGACCAGCAUGGGGAAUCACGGCAAUUCCAUCGAGGGCAACCUCAACCCGCCGCUCUCGUCCAAGGGGGAUUCCCUGCUGGACGAGGUGCUCUGCGAGGGCAUCUCCGGCGGCGGGAUCCGGUCGACGACCCCGCAGUACCGAGCGCAGACGCAGGACGGGAGCGUGUACUUCCUCGCCUUGAGGGAGAACAAGCCGUGCAUGUACAUGAGGGUGAAGUACCCGGACGCGUCGGCGAGGAUCCACGCCGCGAAUCAUCUGGAUCGCAUCGCGAAUGAGUUCGUGGGUCAAGGACAUUUUCGACCCUUAAGGUCAAGACCCCUCGUUAAAAUGAUCUCCCCGAAGGAGGACGCCCUCGAGGAGGUUGAGUCCCUGCUGACGGCCGACCCCGACCUUGCCUCCCGGGAGCUCCGGACGACAUUCGCCGACGCGAUCAGCAAGUGCCAGCGCUUCCUCUCCGUCAGCCGGCGGGCCUCGGCGGACAUCCACCACGGGAUGAACCGGACUCCGCUCGACAGGGACCGCCAGGAGUUUCGGCACCGGGAGCUGGCAAGUGCUUCAAGACCUUUCGCUUUCUUUUUUAAAAAGUUCACUCAAAAUGAAUUGCUGUGCACGUCCCUCCGACAAUGCAAGGCCCUGUGGCCAUCCGGGUCCACGCCGGAGAAACUCCGGAGCGCCCGGCUUCUCCUCGGCAAGCUGCGUUCGCUGGUCGACGAGGCGAGUCCCGACGCGCUCAUCGACUCGCCGCAGGGACACCUGCCGGACGUGUUCGUGUGGCUCAUCCUCGGCGGGAAGCGGCUGGCUUACCGGCGGAUCCCAGCCCGCGACAUCUACUAUUCGCCGAACGAGGAGUUCCGCGGGAGAUACGCCGGGGGGAUCCACACCUUCUUCCUUCGGAAUCCGGGGAGGAAGCAGAGCUGGGAGAUCCCGGGGAAGCUGACGCUGUACCUCUGGCUGGGGAAGGUGAAGGACAAGGCGGAGGCGUUCGCGGGUCUGCCGCAGGGGUACGAGCGGGCCUCGGUCGCGGGCUCCAUCCCGCCCAUCUACAUCCACUACGUCGAGCAUCACCUUAUUAAUCUGAAAUCCAAGAACGUCUAUCAUUUACAAGUAAAAGUGUGCAACACACUGAAGUUACCCUUGAGGCAACUGGUUGCGCGGUUCCAGUUGCGGGCGCACGUGUUCCAAGCGCGCCGUCUCCUGGCGUCAGACGCUUCGGGUCUCUCCGACCCCUUCGCUACCAUCACGUUCGGCGAGCAGCGGUGCAGCACUCAGGUAAUCGAGGAGACGCUGAGUCCGACGUGGGACGAAUUGCUGGUGUUUGACCUGGCCUGGGUGUAUGGGGUGGGAGAGGGCAUCAAGGCCGACCCGCCCACCGUCGUCAUCGAGAUCUACGAUCAGGACAAAGUCGGCAAGGCGGAGUUCAUGGGGAGGGCCGUGACCCAGCCCUGCGUCAAGCUGCUCAAGGAGCCAUACGCGAAGCCGGACUUCCCUCCCUCCUUGCAGUGGAUCCCGCUUUGGAGGGACGAGGAGGAUGCCGGAGAAAUCUUGGCCGCCUUUGAGCUCCUCGAGGUGACGUCAAAUAACGAUCCUCUGCCGGAUCUCCCGGCGGCGAAGCCGGAAUUCCUGGAUACGAGUUUGGAGCCGGUCUAUCCCAUCCCUUACGAAGUUCGACCCACGCUCGCCAAAUUCAGAAUCGACGUCCUCUUCUGGGGCCUCCGGGAGCUGCGCCGGAUCCACUGGAGCACGGUGGAGAAGCCCCGAGUGGACAUCGAGGUCGGGGGGAAGGUCCUCAUGUCGGACGUCAUCCCUUCGGCCAAGAGGGGGCUAAACUUCCCCAACCCCAUCAAGUCCAUGGAAGUGGUAAGGCUCCUUUCAAUUCGGGCGGACCAACCCUAG